CGCUUCUCAUCAGAAUGGCGAACAGCACGAACGCUUCAAUCUCCAAGCUGCUUGGGUGUUUCUUGAUGAUCCGCCUUCUGCCAGAAAGUUUCCAGAUUCCAUCCUGCUUCAGAAAUUCAACGAGCUCAGUUCGUUGAUUCAUCUUUAUCUUACUUACCUCCACAAAUUCACGGUAGGCCGGAGAAACUACCCUCAAACGGACUGGUACCCUCCUUGCUUGCCUCUUAUCCUCUUUUCUACGAAGUACGGCACCGUACCAUACGGUGGUACUACCCGAUUUUAAUCCACCGUCUCGUACCCUUGCAGCCAAUUCCCUCCUACCCUGACAAGGCAACCAGGGGGGCACGGCUCUCUUGCCGUUCCACCACUACCACCACCGCCGCCAGGCCAUCCUUCCAUCCCCCUUUUCACUCUGUUCCUGCGGUUGAUCAGCUUUCCCUCUCCGGCACUGUUUCUGGAUUGCCGGUCAAACCUUUUCCUUUCUUUUCCAAUCCAUAAUUCUCGACAUAGAAAGGCUGCGACAUUGCGACAUGCAAUAAACGAACACGGCAGCAAACCGAUCGAGGAUCGCUGGUCCGUCGUCGAGGCCAAAUCAAAAUCUAGGUCGAUACGAUUGAGCAGCUUGCACCGACUGCUUGAAACCCCCGACCGACGCCGACGCGACCACAAAACCAGAGGCUCACAAUGGCCUCCAAAAAGGCGGUACCGACGCCGCCCAUCCCGAUCAAGGACAUCUCUUGCUCCGUCAUCUAUGAGAACACUCUAUAUACAUACUCUUCAUCAGGAGUCUUGCAGUCGCUGGUACUCGAAGCUGGUGCAGAAUGGAAGGAAUUGGCAAAAGGCGUCCCAGUCACUGGCGGUGUCUGCGUCAGUUCGACUCCGGUAAAGCCUCGAGAACCUGGACUCUUCGUUGUGGGCGGCAAAGGUCCGGAGGGAUAUAGGGGACUGCAAAAAUUCACGUACUCGACGGGUCAAUGGGAGCUGCAGGGUCCAGUGUCAGAGGAUGUCAUGAACAGAUUAGGCCACGGCGCUGCCUACAUCAACAGUACCGAUGCAAUUCUAGUAUACGCCGGCAACAAGGACGGCACCGUACACGCAGGGUCGCAGACCUUUACGAUUGGAGCCUCGGCACCAUUUGAGGUUCGAUCUUUCGAGUCAAAUGGCGUGCCCUCAUUGGCGAACCCAAUGCUCCUGCCAUGGUCAAACAACCAGGCUGCUCUUGUCGGCGGCGAGGGCAACACCAAGGUCAUUCUGUUCAGCCCUGACGCUGGAGGAUGGAAGGAUUCUGGCGCUACUCUGGCAGCUCCCCUCGCCAAGGACGUCUCAGUGAUGCGUGCUGCUGUCGUUGCUGGUACCGAUGGCAGCAAGUCUCUGUACACAUUCGACACCUCGCAAUCACCAAAUCUCGUGACCAGAACGACUUUGAUAGAUGCCCAGGGUCAACCGAUGACCAACUCGCCAGCCCUCAGCACCAGGGCAGAAAACGAAGAUAACGACUGGCGACUAAUCGAGAGGCAAACCGCUCAGUGGCCCAAGUACAACUCUACCUUUGCCCCCAAGGCAACAAGGACAAACUUCGCCCUCGCCCAGGAUCCGGAUGGAAUGAUCGUCUUGGCCGGAGGCACCGACGGCGAACCGCUCGACAUAUUCAACGGUCGGGCCAACAUGUGGAUGGACACGCCGGGCGUCUUCAGUGCCGACAGCCUCCGCACUCUCGACACCGACUCAAGCUCCUCCUCAGUUUCAGUAGCAUCAAGCACCUCCGCAUCCCCAACCCCAUCCUCAACCCCAUCUUCUACCUCCACUUUCACCUCCAUAAUCUCUUCAGCCACUCCCUCAUCAUCCUCGGAACCAACCCUUGUACCUGGAGCUGGCAUUCCUGCGAGCAAACCCGACUCUUAUUCGUCUAUUCCCCCGGUCAACACUAUUCUUGGUGCUGUUCUGGGAACGACAGCUGCAGUUUUAAUACUGCUCGGAAUUCUCUACUGUCUGCUUCGGAGAAAAAAGAAGCGAGAUGAGUUGGAGGCCGGUCACGCAAAUAGGGACAGUGGCCUGACACCACUCACCGAGAAGAGCGGCGCUAUGUAUGCUACCGAUAGUCUACCUCGCGGACCAGGUAACGGUACUUUUAGGGGACAUCAGCAGCAGGACUCUCAGGGUUCUUUCUCAUCCAUGGCCAUCCUCAUGGGCAAGGUGAACCAGCAGCAUAAGCAGGCUGCUGUCCAGAGAAACCCCAGCAAGGAAUCCAAGCGCAGCUCCCAGAGCAGUAUUUUAAACUCUGCAUUCAAGAAAUCCAUUAGCAACCCAAUCCCGCACCCGGCAAGCCCGAAUCCAUUCGCCGAUCCGGCGCCACCAAUGCCGCAGGCACAGAUGAGGGAUGAGAAGGGCGGAACUGUUAUGUUUAGCAACGAUGUCGGCGAGCCCCGACCACGCCCACCUAGGCCGGACCGUCCCGAUGGCACUAGGCGAUCGUCUGGAUGGAACCGGUAUUGGUCCGGAGGCAGCACGCUGAACAUCUUGGGCUUCGGCAGUGGGGCAAGCAAGCGCACUACGGUGGCUUCUGACUCUAGCAGCCGGUAUUCAGCCAACAUGCAGAACCGCAUUACUCAAGACUCGGCAACCGUGCCCCACCUUGCUGUGGGCGGAAGCAGGCUACCGGAGCCCACACCCGAGUUUCAACGCGUCAAUUCAGCAUCUCCUACCAUAUCUGCUUCGCCGCAACUCGGACCGGGUAUGAAGGGCAGGAUCGAAAGACCCACUAGCACAGGCUCAGAUCGAUCUGGCUACUCAUCAGGCAUCCCCGCCAGCGUGCAUGACAACUGGGACCCUACUGGCGCAGAUCAGCCCUGGGGAUCCAACAGGGCGCCGAGCAGCGCAUAUAACUACAACAGCGCAUACAACAGUGUCUACAGCACAGCACUCGCACCUCCAUCAUCCUCAAGUUCGAGACCGCCUCUCCCUUCGGGCGUGAGCACACAACCACAACUCGCAAUGGCAGCGAACAGUUCUGACAUGUCCUGGUUAAACCUUGGCGAGGACAAGAAAAAGAACUUUCACUGAAUGGACAUUCAAGUGGCCGGGCUAGCCCCUUCAAUUCUAUUCACUGUCUAUAUUCUUUCCUAGGAUGAACUCCAGGCCGGCCCAUAAUGGUACACUCGGUUGAUUUCAUGACGACUGCAUUUACGCCUCGCUUGCUUGCACCCUAUACCCAUCAUCUUGCGAGAUGAACGAUGGAGCGUGGCUUGUGGAACUUGUUUUCGGCUUCAUUACAAAACGGCUCGCGCAUUUAUAUCAAAACCUCGACAAAGUCAUUGCGUUGUUGAUAGACGCAACUUAUUUUUCCUCUGUCUUUCCUAGCAUCAUUGCGCAUCGAAUUACCAUCAGUCCGGCAUGCAUCGGCGCUCAAAUCUUCUUGGCUCGCUCUUUUAUGUUUCAUAUCUCCUCCUAUUUAUUUCUCUUCUACUUUCUUGCCGUUUACAUUCAUCACCAACUCUUGCACAUAACAAAGUCCAAGACCGCAAUCUCUGGAGAGACCUUGUGUAAAUUAGAUCCUACGACGGCUCCAGACGUGGUCCCCAGUACAUUCCAGUCGUUUGCUGCAUGAUACCAAACCCUUGUUCCAUUUUCUUCACCUUUCGUCACCUUCUCACCCUUUCCUCCUUUUUUCUCAUUAUUCAUUUCUAUCAUCCGAACUCUCGGCAAGCUUUUUUUACUAGUGUUUCCUUCAAUAUGUGCUUGUACGAGGAGGAAUCAAGUAAUAUGUAUUAGCCGCCUGGAAUCUCUUAUCAUGAUGUGGAGGGGACGAUUUGGGAUGACAGCGGCGGUCCCGGACUUUUUUUCUGGUCGGGACAGGAUUGGAAUUUCUCUGUAGUGGAGGGAAAGCAGACGUUCCAGCUUGCUGGGUGCUUUCAAUAAAGACGCUGGAGACGUCUAGUUUCUGGGAUUUUUUUCUUCUUUAUCUCGGUCAUUAGAAACGACAAUCAAAAUCCAGAUUAUAAACAUUUAUCGUAUGCCUA